CAAUGCCUGCAGCCAAAGGAGGAGGACAACAGAAACACGAUCAAUGCAAGGAUCCUUGCCAACAACAAGGUCAUGGCAGUCAAGGACAAGGGGGUCAUGGACAUGGAGGCCAGGAUCAUGGAGGUCAAGGGCAUUGUGAUCAAGGUCACGGAGGUCAAGACCAUGGAGGCCAAGGGCAUGGAGGUCAAGGUCAUGGAGGUCAAGGGCAUUGUGAUCAGUCUCAGGGCGGACAAGGUCAUGGAGGUCAUGGAGGUCAAGGGCAUUGUGAUCAAGGUCACGGAGGUCAAAGUCAUGGAGAACAAGGUCAUGGGGGCAAAGGGCAUGGAGAUCAAAGUCAUGGAGGCCAAGGGCAUGGUGGACAAGGACAUGGAAGUCAAGGUCAUGGAGGUCAAAGUCAUGGAGGCCAAGGGCAUGGAGGUCAAGGAGGUCAAAGUCAUGGAGGCCAAAGUCAUGGAGGCCAAGGGCAUGGAGGUCAAGGUCUUGGAGGCCAAGGGCAUGGUGGACAAGGAGGUCACUGUUAA